ACCCGACCACCUCUUCUGCUCUCCUCACGAGCACAACAUGUCUCCUCACUUUGAGAUCCCCAAGGUCCAGAAGGCCGCGAUUGUCACCACGACUGACGCGCCGCUCAAGGUCGUGAACAACCAUCCCGUCCGCCAGCCCAAGGACCUCAAGCCCGGCGAAUGUCUCGUCCGCCUCGAAUGCAGUGGUGUCUGCCACACCGAUCUGCAUGCCCGCAAGGGCGACUGGCCUCUCAAGGCCAAGCUCCCCCUCAUCGGUGGCCAUGAGGGUGUCGGCAUCGUCGUCGCUGUUGGCGCGCACACGCAGGACUCGCCGGUCAACCUCGGCGAUCGCGUUGGCAUCAAGUGGCUCGCGUACUCGUGCCUUGAUUGCGAGCAGUGCAGAAAGGGGAUUGAGCAGAGCUGCCCGAACCAACAGCUCAGCGGUUUCACAACCGACGGGACCUUCUCCCAGUACGUCGUCUCGUGGGUCAACCAUGUGACCCCCAUCCCCGCAAACAUGGACAGCUUUGAGGCUGCGUCCAUCCUCUGCGCUGGUGUCACUGUGUAUCGUGCGUUGAAGUACUCGAAGGCGCAUAUUGGUGAUUGGAUCGCACUCCCGGGUGCCGGCGGAGGACUCGGUCACCUUGCCGUCCAGUACGCCACCGACAUGGGUCUCCGUGUCCUCGCAAUCGACACUGGUGAGGAGAAGAAGGAGCUUUGCUUGAAGCUUGGUGCCGAGCGAUGGAUUGACUUCAACACGUCCAAGGACCUUGUGAAGGACAUUGUCGAGGCAUGCGAUGGGUUCGGCCCGCACGCUGCUGUCGUUACCGCUGCUACCAGUGCUGCAUACGCACAGGCCAUUGACUAUCUUCGCCCUGGUGGCAACCUGAUGGUUGUCGGUCUUCCGGCUCAUGCGGCGCUUAGCGCAGACAUCUUCUUCACUGUCACGAAGAGCAUCAGCAUCUACGGCUCCUACGUCGGCAACCGCCAAGAUGCACGCGAAGCCCUUGACAUUGCCUCUCGCGGAAAGGUCAAGUGCUACUUCGUGACCAAGCCUCUUUCCGCGCUGGCGGAGACGUACGAGGGCCUCGAGAAGGGCGAGAUCGUCGGCCGUGUUGUCCUGAACAUGCAGGACGAUUAGAGCGCUCGUUACCUGCCUGCACGCUGCGGUCUGUCCACCAAAGGCGUACCCAAUGUCCGAACUGUACCUAUUGAUAUCCCUGUCGUCCAUGGCGUGUGUAAAACCUGUAUUGUAAAAAGAUGAAACACGAUAUUGUAAAGCCCGCAGAUGUACGAAAACGUGCAACAUAUACAAAUGAGCCGAAAGGCGCUUCAACGAGACUAUAGAACUUUCGAUUAUUUUUGGUGCGAUCAGAUGUAACUCCCCAUGAUAAUAUGAAUGGAAUGAUGGCGACACACAAGGCUAGACUUUGAAAACGUCGCUUAAGGGUCAUCUGACAACGCAAUCACGCACGCUCAAUGGUGCCGC